UCGUAAAUUCCCUUGGACGCCGGCCCCCCGCCCACUCUAUAUAAGCCCAUCCCUCGCCGCCCGAAUCGGCACCGAUACGAUACGAACCCGAGAAACCAAAACAAAAGCUAAAAAAGAAACCAGUUAUGAUCGCUUAUCUGGACCAGCAGCAGCAGCGCCUCGCCCCCGACGGCGAGCCGGAAUCCUCCGCCGGCGGCGCCGCCUCCGGACCCGAUGGCGAUUCGGCUGUUCUCCGGUCUCUCGACCUCCAUGCCGCCACCAAUCCUGCUGCUGUCUCCGCUGCGGCGGAGGACUUCGGCGGGAUCGUCCGGGCCCGACCCGCGGCGGUCAUCCGGCCGGCAACAGCAGACGACGUCGCCGCCGCGAUCCGCCUCGCCGCUCACUCCCCGGGCCUCACCGUCGCCGCCCGCGGCAACGGACACUCCGUCAACGGCCAGGCCAUGGCCGCCGGCGGCCUCGUCCUCGACAUGCGCUAUCUCGGCGCCCCUAUGGAGCUCGUCCGCGACGCCGCAGGCGGCGGCUCCGCCGUCGACGUCCCUGGCGGAGCGCUGUGGGAGGAGGUGCUGGAGUGGGGGGUCCGGCGGCACGGGAUGGCGCCGACGUCGUGGACGGACUACCUGGGGCUCACCGUCGGCGGGACGCUCUCCAACGGCGGGAUCAGCGGCCAGGCCUUCCGCCACGGCCCCCAGAUCUCCAACGUAACCGAGCUGGAAGUCGUAACUGGCGACGGCGAGCGGGUCGUGUGCUCCGCUGCCGCCAACUCCAAUCUCUUCUUCGCCGUCCUCGGCGGCCUCGGUCAGUUUGGCGUCAUCACCCGCGCUCGCAUCCCUCUCCACCCGGCACCCCACAUGGUGAAGUGGAUAAGGGUGGUAUACAACCGGUUCGAAGAUUACUCGCGCGACGCCGAAUGGCUCGUGAUCCGGUCCGAUCCGGACGCUUGCGAUUACGUGGAGGGCUUCGCGUUCGUUAACAGCGCGGACCCAGUCGACGGCUGGCCCUCGGUCCCGCUCUCCCCCGCCUCGCCCUUCGACCCGGCCCUCAUCCCGGCCGGGUCCGGCCCGGUCCUCUACUGCCUCGAGGUCGCACUCCACUUCAACCAUGCCGAACACGGCACCAUCGAUCAGCGAGCGGGCGAGAUGCUGCGGCGGCUGCGGUACAUCCCGGGACUGGAGUUCGCGGUGGAAGCGACGUACGUGGACUUCCUCUCACGUGUGAAACGGGCGGAGGAGGCGGCACGCGCGAACGGCUCCUGGGCGGCGCCCCACCCCUGGCUCAACAUCCUGGUCGCGUCAUCAGACAUCGUCGAUUUCGAUCGCAACGUCUUCAAGCGAAUCUUGAAGGACGGCAUCGGUGGGCCCAUGCUGGUGUACCCGCUGCUCCGGAGCAAGUGGGACCCGCGGACGUCCGUAGCGGUGCCGGAAAGCGAGAUAUUCUACCUGGUGGCGCUGCUGCGGUUCAGCCGGGGGUACCCGGAGGGUCCGGCGGCGGCGGAGAUGGUGGCGCAGAACCGCGAGAUCGUGGACUGCUGCCGAUCCAACGGCUACGACUUCAAGCUCUACCUCCCCCACUACCAGUCGGAGACCGACUGGGCCGUCCACUUUGGCCGCCACUGGCCCCGCUUUGUCGACCACAAGGCCCGCUACGACCCCCUCGCCAUCCUCGCCCCCGGCCAGAAGCUCUUCUCUCGCUCUCGCCCGCCGUCACCGGCCGUAAUUUAAUAUAAAGAAAGAAAACAAAGCUAUGAUGGACGGUCAUGACGGUGGUGGGGGUCCAUGAUUAGCUACAACUUUGCUCUGGUGUUGGUGGUGGGACCCGGAGGUGAUGAUGAUGAUGCUGGGUGAACUGCUGAUGGACAGAUGAUUCUUGCCUCCCCUCUUACUAAAUCCUUUAUAUCAAAUGAUGAUGUCUCCCUGCAUUACAUAUAUGAUAUGAUAGUGAUCAUGAUGAUGAUGGCCCAAGUUGAGCAAGGGGACUCCCUCUUGCUCAGCUAACCAAGAUCUUUGCUGGAAAAGCUGAAGUGAUCAACCAAGGUGGUAUUGGGGUUAGGUUGGACCAUGGAUCUUGUACCUAGUUAUUAUAUGUCAAUCAUCCUGAUGGAUUGAUUUAAGAAAACUAUUAGCCAGCUAUAAUUAGAACAACAUUCGUGGCAGAUGUAUCCGUUUGGUACAGCUUAUGAUAAGUUUAUCAAUAAGUAUGUCUUAAGAUGGAUGCAUGCCAACUUGGAGGGUGUUAGGUUUGAGGUAUUGUCGAUGGGUGAAUAGCUCAAGAUGAGAUGAAGACCGCAUGCCUCCCAUUGUUAAAUCUUUGUUAGUGUUUGAUAUUAUUGGAGGAUUGUGGUUGUG